GAGGAAAUCGUCCAAAGGCUUGAGGCCGACCCCACAGCAGAAGUGCUCAGCAUCCACACUGCCUGGGCGAGGGCUGAUGAAGGCCUCGGAGGGAGGGCAGCCUCGGGAAGGGCUGCGCCGGGCUGACUUCUGACCUCUGACUGCACAGUGAUGUCACAGGGGCCACUUGGCAACGGGGGCCCCCUGGCCACACUGGGCUGCUCGUCGGACAGAGUUGGAAGCCAUGCGCUCCAUCUGAGGGUGCGCUUGGGAGCCUGCGUCCCUCUUCUUUCCUGAAACCUGGCGGAGGGGAGGAGGAUGGAGAAGGACGCGGCCACACACCGGAGGCGCCGGCUGGGCCCCGGGGCCCCUCCAUCAGGGGUUGCCCCCAUACACCCCAAGGCAGGCAGCGAGGUGGCCGAGCUCCAGAGGAGCAGGAGUGUGGGCGGCCUGCAUCAGAAGGGGGACCCUCCGAGCUGCCUCAAGAAGCUGUCCAAGUUGCCGGGUAGGCCCCCAGCGGCGUCCCUCCCUCAGGCAGACUCUGAGGAAGACAAGCAGGAGAAGAAUCAGGACGCCCUCAGAAAGUUGGACCCAGAUGGUGGAAGGACAGAACCAGAGGAACAAGGACCAGAGUCCAUCAAGCUGGAUGACCCUCCAGGAAAAGAGAAACCAUCUGUGUUUGUGGAGAUUGAUCUGGGAGACCAUGCCGAGGAGGUGGUCACAGGUGCCAUGCGAGAAGAGAAGCCGUCCCAGAUGGACAUGGGGGGUUUGUCAGAAGACGAGACCAAGACCAGCUGGGUGUGCUGCAUCCCUUAUUCCACCAGAAGGAAGGUGAAGGAGAGUGUGUAGCGGCCUUGGAGAAGGUAGUUUGCACUGGGACUGGGCUGGAAGGCAAGGGGGC